AUGCGGCUACGCCUGAGAGUUGUUGGAAAUCCAGCAUGUGGAGAGGCCCUGCGAGCGGUAUUGCUGGGAGAUUUAAACAGUUCGAUGAUGACUAUGAUGAACAACAAAAUCAGGAAGACCCAUAAAAUUAGCGAUGGAAAUCUCCCCGAUUUUUAUCUUGAGUACGCCUGGAAAUAUUCACGCACUGAUGAUGAUGGUGGCCAAUCUUCGUUACCAGUGGAAGGAGCUACAGGGCCAAUAUACAUUGUCAACCGCAACCAUGUGGGAUUUAAAAUCAACGCCGAGGUAAAUAUUUAUUUUCGUGAUACAGAAACCGAGGAGAAGAUUUUUGUCGCUACAGUUAGAGGUGAAACCGAUGACGACAAGAUUGUACAACAGGAUAUUAACCGUACAGAUGAUAUGGAUAAGAGAAUAUUUCGAGGCAAAUCACAUCCAAGAAAAGUUGAAACGGGAGAAGAUCAUGAACUGCAGAGAAGAGAUGAAAGAGAAACGGUUCCAACUGCUUUUUCUCGGGGGUGGGAAAGGAAAAGCGAGCCUUUCCCUCCUCCUCAAAAUAUUGAUAACACGAAAGUAAUCUCUGCGAACAUGCAAGUAAGGGAUGAUAUGCGAGAUAGAGGGGAGGAGUUGCUUAUUCAUGGUCCGGUUAAGGACGGUUACGAUAAUGACAAUGAUGAAGUUGACGCAAACGACAGGGACGAGGAUGUGGUGUAUGUUGAUGUGCUUCGAAAGCUCAAAGCCUAUGCGCACUUACAACUUCGUCAGAUGAAUCACUUUACUAACAUCCUCCAGUUCUUCCUAUUCUUCGUUUUGUACUGUACGAUGUUGUAUCGUCAAACAAUGCCAUUUGAAAGUUACGGAGUCCAGUCGUCAAUUAUUGGGAUCUUACAUCCAAAGGUGGGGUCAACACUAGAUACGGGCUAUGUGUAUGAUUGGUUAAGUCAAGAAGUUGUGAAUCAUAUUUGGACGGAUUCUGUAUGUGGAGACAACGUUUGUCAAAGGCCGUAUGAAUUCCCGUCCUAUGGAAGGUUCGGGUGUAAAGUAGACUGUGGAAUUGCAACAAAUUUGAUACGGGUCUUGCUUCAUAUUCAAACAAAAUUUGAUCAUUCACAAGCAAUCGGUGCCCUCGAGCUUAUGUCGCAAGCGAAAUGGAACUUGUGUUUGAAAGAUCCUGGUCGAAGUGAAAAUGAUAUACCCCAUCUUUGUUGGUAUGAUAAAGAUCAGGAGUUCGACGAAGUGAACACGAAUAAACUUGUUAAUUUUGAUGUAAUUGAGGGCAAUUGGUACGUCCACAUCAAGGGAGAUUAUCUCGGUCUCGUUCAGGGUAAAAUCUAUCGAGUCGAAGAAAGCGGUGAAUUAUCGCUUGCACCGAUAUCACCCUCGUGGUCCACGUGCACAAAAAAGUCACUCUUCAAAAAUGUUCGCUCGAGAUUAUCAACGAGUAAGAAUGAUAGUGACUUACCCGAAAGAAGAAAAUCAUACAGUUCACGGAACCAGCCAGGCAAUGAAACCAGACGUCCAAAUGACUACCACUAUGACUAUUAUGACUACUACGGGGCUCCUCCCAUGAAUUACGACUAUCCUCCAGACAGUACUUAUGGAACUCCGCCUACCGAUUACUCACAGUAUGGGACACCUCCCACGAGUUACGACUAUCCUCCUUGGAAUGGUUAUGGAACUCCUCCCAGCGGUGAUUAUGAAUACGCACAGUAUGGGACACCUCCCACGAGUUUCGACUAUCCUCCUGACAGUACUUAUGGAACUCCGCCGACCGAUUACCCACAGUAUGGGACACCUCCCACGAAUUACGACUAUCCUCCUUGGAAUGGUUAUGGAACUCCUCCCAGCGGUGAUUAUGAAUACGCACAGUAUGGGACACCUCCCACGAGUUACGACUAUCCUCCUGACAGUACUUAUGGAACUCCGCCGACCGAUUACCCACAGUAUGGGACACCUCCCACGAAUUACGACUAUCCUCCUUGGAAUGGUUAUGGAACUCCUCCCAGCGGUGAUUUUUAUUACGACUAUCCUCCUGACAGUACUUAUGGAACUCCGCCGACCGAUUACCCACAGUAUGGGACACCUCCCACGAAUUACAACUAUCCUCCUAUUGGUACUUAUGUAGCUCCGCCGACCGAUUUCCCACAGUAUGGGACACCUCCCAUAAAUUACGACUAUCCUCCUUGGAAUGGUUACGGAACUCCUCCCAGCGAUGAUUAUGAAUACCCACAGUAUGGGACACCUCCCACGAAUUACGACUAUCCUCCUUGGAAUGGUUACGGAACUCCUCCCAGCAGUGAUUAUGAAAAUGGAGCUGCUCCGCCGUACGAUUACCCGCAUUAUGGCUAUCCUCCUUGGAAUUCUAUGGAGGUUGAACUCUCGAUAGAACUUUUGGGCUAUUCUGUGGCAACGUUCUUGGAUGAGGAAAAGGCCGCUUUUCUUGCAGGCUUGGCCUUUUAUGUAGGUGUCGAAGUUGAUCGGCUAACUAUUGUAGAUGUUUCUGACGUCGUCUUCAGUGGCACUUCGAAUAAGGAUGAAACUCCGCCGACCGAUUACCCACAGUAUGGGACACCUCCCACGAAUUACGACUAUCCUCCUUGGAAUGAUUACGGAACUCCUCCCAGCGGUGAUUAUGAAUACCCACAGUAUGGGACACCUCCCACGAAUUACGACUAUCCUCCUUGGAAUGGUUACGGAACUCCUCCCAGCGGUGAUUAUGAAUACCCACAGUAUGGGACACCUCCCAUGAAUUACGACUAUCCUCCUUGGAAUGGUUACGGAACUCCUCCCAGUGGUGAUUAUGAAUACCCACAGUAUGGGACACCUCCCAUGAAUUACGACUAUCCUCCUUGGAAUGGUUACGGAACUCCUCCCAGCGGUGAUUAUGAGUACCCACAGUAUGGGACACCUCCCAUGAAUUACGACUAUCCUCCUUGGAAUGGUUACGGAACUCCUCCCAGCGGUGAUUAUGAAUACCCACAGUAUGGGACACCUCCCACGAAUUACGGCUAUCGACGAAGAUUAAGAGCCGAGACAAAUGCUGUCAAAGUCGACUUUCAAUUGAAUAUUGAAUCGAUUCCAGAGGAAGACUUAGCAACUUUUGAAGAAAAACUCGUGGACGAAGACUUGGCCCCCCUGAUUGCAGCACUUAAUGCACAAACCGCUUUGACUGUCACCGAAGUCAAAGUGCACCUGCAUGGUUCUGGAACUCCUCCCAGCGGUGAUUAUGAAAAUGGAGCUGCUCCACCGUACGAUUACCCGCAUUAUGGCUAUCCUCCUUGGAAUGGUUACGGAACUCCUCCCAGCGAUGAUUAUGAAAAUGGAGCUGCUCCGCCGUACGAUUACCCGCAUUAUGGCUAUCCUCCUUGGAAUGGUUACGGAACUCCUCCCAGCGGUGAUUAUGAAAAUGGAGCUGCUCCGCCGUACGAUUACCCGCAUUAUGGGUAUCCUCCUUGGAAUUCUAUGGAGGUUGAACUCUCGAUAGAACUUUUGGGCUAUUCUGUGGCAACGUUCUUGGAUGAGGAAAAGGCCGCUUUUCUUGCAGGCUUGGCCUUUUAUGUAGGUGUCGAAGUUGAUCGGCUAACUAUUGUAGAUGUUUCUGACGUCGUCUUCAGUGGCACUUCGAAUAAGGAUGAAACUCCGCCGACCGAUUUCCCACAGUAUGGGACACCUCCCAUGAAUUACGACUAUCCUCCUUGGAAUGGUUACGGAACUCCUCCCAGCGGUGAUUAUGAAUACCCACAGUAUGGGACACCUCCCAUGAAUUACGACUAUCCUCCUUGGAAUGGUUACGGAACUCCUCCCAGUGGUGAUUAUGAAUACCCACAGUAUGGGACACCUCCCAUGAAUUACGACUAUCCUCCUUGGAAUGGUUACGGAACUCCUCCCAGCGGUGAUUAUGAGUACCCACAGUAUGGGACACCUCCCAUGAAUUACGGCUAUCGACGAAGAUUAAGAGCCGAGACAAAUGCUGUCAAAGUCGACUUUCAAUUGAAUAUUGAAUCGAUUCCAGAGGAAGACUUAGCAACUUUUCAAGAAAAACUUGUGGACGAAGACUUGGCCCCCCUGAUUGCAGCACUUAAUGCACAAACCGCUUUGACUGUCACCGAAGUCAAAGUGUCAACAUUUGUCCUACGAAUACCAAGUCCUCCUCCUCCUCCCUUUCCUCCUCCCCCUUCUCCCACUCCUCCCUUUCCUCCUCCCCCUCCUCCCCCUCCUCCCUUUCCUCCUCCCCCUCCUCCUCUUCCGUCACCCCCCCCUUCCCCACCGCCGAACCCACCUCCCCUCGUGCCAGCUGGAGACAACUCUGUCAUUUACAGUAUGAUCUUUGAAAUUUCGGAUGUGAAAUUACUGGAGAUCGACGAACGUGGAUUGUCAGCUGAUGGGAGCACUCGACGCCAAGUUAUCCGACGAUCUUUGAUUGAAGUCAUUUCUGAAAAAUUUGGCAUCAGUAAAGAUAAUAUUCGAGUGACAGAAAUAAGAGCUGCGUCUUCAACGAGCCUCUUCUGUGAAGUCACUGCUGUAACAAGUCUUAUGUUUGGAAGUGUUACUCAAACAAUUAUAAACAUGUUCAAAUACAAUGACAUUGCCUUGCUAAAUACAUUGAAAGGUUCGAUGUCUGAUUCUGGUUUAACUGCAGUGCGUGUGUACCAAGUUAAAGAGACUGUUCUUGCAUCGCCACCGCCGGCCAUUUUAUCUCCGCCGCCGAGGAACAUGCCCCCACCGUUUGCUCCUAGUCCACCGCCUCUUCCACCUCUGAAAGUCUUCGAGGAAUACCCACCUUUACCAGCACCACCGCCGCUACCAUCGCCUCCACCUCUCAUCAUUCCGCCUCCACUACCGCCACCACCGAGUCCCUCACCUCCACCUGAUGAUAUUCCUCCAGUUAUUACCCUCAUUGGUUCGAAGCAUGUGAACUUGGAGCAGCUCGAAACAUACAAAGAUUCCGGGGUAACAUGCUCAGACGGCACAGAUGGCACCAUCUCAGUGAUUACAGUGACCGGCAUUGAGAGUAUUAAUACGGAUCUUCCAUCCGUAGAACCCUACGUCAUUACGUUCGAGUGCUCUGAUGUGCUCGGAAAUAAAGCUACCGUCCAGAGAACUGUUCAAGUCAAUUCUCCUUGCCCUGAAUUUUCAAGGUUGUGCACAGAAUUGGAACCAAUGGUGUGCGCCUGGGUCGAUCCAAAUACCAAAGUCGCGUAUUGUAUUCCACCUACGGAUGAUGCUGAUGUUGUUGAAGAAAAGUUUGUCGCCGAAGAGUACGUGCCGCCGGAGAACAUGUAUAAACCAGUAUUGACACUUUUGGAAGGCACUUAUACUUCUGAACUUGGCAAAGUUGAGCAAACCAACGCGAAUGGCGAACUGGAAACUAUUCUAAUCAUGCGCACGUACGUUGAACAAUUCGAUGUGUACGUUGAUCCAGGAGUAUUAGCAUGGGAUAACGAAGACGGCAAUCUCACGACGUCGGUCCGAAGCGCGGGUAAAGGUCUUGUGAAUACCGACGUGCUGGUUUCGCGUCCAUUUACUAUUAAGUACAGCGUAGAUGAUUUAGAUGCGUUCAACCCGAAGAGUGCGACGGAGGUGCGUCGACAGGUGUUUGUUUUGAACCCGUGUAGGGGAACGCUUCAUGAAGAUGGAGUAACUGAAGAAAUUGCUUGCUCGAAGGACGCUUCUGGGACCGUUAGUUGUAGUCGAAAUGGCAUUUGUGGUUUAGAUAUCGUGAUCGAAGAAGCAUUCAUUGUGAAAGCACCUGAACCACCAAAUAUCACGCUUCUUGGUCCAAAAAGAAUCGAGAUCAACCAAUACGAAGUGUACAAAGUUUGCGGUGAUCUAAAGCUUGCAGGAGAAUCUUGCGAUGAUGGAGCGAGAGCAGUAGGUGAGUUCGACGGUCCAAUCUCAGUCGCAAAUAACCCGGAUCAAAUAUUUGCGUGCGGUUUGACCUUCGCCACAAGAGGAGUAUCUGGGUGCAGUAUUGAUACUCAUGUUGCAGAUACGUACGAUAUCACAUUCUAUGCGAUGGAUUCUUCCGGUUUACAAUCCGAGACUGUCACGAGGAAGCUGGUCGUUAUUCCAUCGUGUCCGCCGGGAGAAGUGGCGUGCAAAAAUACACCCUGUUCUGUAGAUGGAGUUUGCUUAGAGGAUGUUGAGCUGGAAAGUUUUUUCGACAUUGAGGAAGAUGAAGUAGCAGAUCUUCCAGUCGCCACCUUGAAAACGUAUGAAGGAUAUGGUGAAGUAAUACAGAUCAAGCAAUACUCUCCGUACUAUAAAUGCGAUGCCGAUCAGAUUCCAACAGCUGAAGUCCCUUGCGAACCUGGGAUUUUGGUAACGCAACCCCAAGAUGGUUAUGCAGAUCCAAUUGAUAUUUCAGAAUUUGCUCUGUCCUGUCCGCCUCCUGACUGCUUAGGCUUUAUUCCUGCCUGCCCGGCCCAUUACUUUAAGAAUAAAGGAGUUAUUGGUUGCCCAAUCAAUGUGAACGCGAAACCGGGUACUACGUUUGAUAUGGAAUUUAUUGUUUUAGAGCAAAAUGUUCAAUUUCCGAGGCAAGUCUCUGUGAAACGCACAAUUGUUAUCAGCGAGCCGUGUGGUACGGGCCAGAAUCUCUGUAUCGUCAAUGGCGUGCGGCAGUGCAGCGAGUUGGAAUGCGACGUGCUUCUCAAGUUAUCCGAGUCAGUUGUUCAAGAAGAUACGGCGCCACCAGUCAUUCAUGUCGUGGGAAAUGUUUCUUACGAAGUCACAUAUGGUGAGACGGACGACACAAUCUUUUUGAAUGCCUGCGCGUCGGACUCGGAUCGCUCGAACUGUUUGAUGUAUGCAAUUGAUGAGGAAGACGGAGACGUGUCGAGUUCGAUUUUAUCAUCACAGAAUGUUGAUUUGAGCACUGGAGCGUGCGGCAUAAGCGACGUCACUCGAGGCUCCUGCAUACCUGGAACGUAUUCGUACACUUACACCGCUUCUGAUUCUAAUUUAAAUGAGGCGAGCGUGGAGAUCAUCGUAGAGAUUGUAGAAUUGGGUAAGAUGAAUACUACAAUUACUGUUGGACCGUACUAUAGUUUAGAUUCCGCGAACGUCGCCGCCGGCAACUAUUUGAAAGAUGGAAGCAAUGCGCGAGCGGCGAUUGAAGCCGGUCUCGCUCAAACGCUUGUUUCAUCUGGCGCGGGAUCUUUUGAAGCGUCGGAUGUAUCAGUAGUUUACACGGCGGUAACACGCUCGUCAAAAAGUACGUGGUCUAUUUAUAUCACCUGUGAGAUUUACAUUUCAACUGGGAAGGUGUCUUCGUCCAGUACUGCAAAGAAACGUCGCCGCAUCUUGUUGGAAGAAGAAAGUGAUGCUUCUGCAAUUGACGGCGCAUUAUCCUCGAUCGAAGCAUCCCUAACUGCGGCGGCUUCUAGUGGGACGCUAGGAUCGUCUUUAGAGGCAGCUUCGAGCGCGGCUGGCGUCGAGUCCGUACUGGUAUCGCCAGAAGUGAUGACGACGAAAGUUGCCGUGACAAAGACUGUUGAUUUGGAAGCUUCCAAACUGACUGCCGUGAAGGCGACGGUUGAAAGCAUCUCAGCUCGCCUUUCCGCGCUAAGCACUUCAGUUAGACGCGUACAAACGAAUAUCAACAAUGAUAUCGAUUUUGAAGGUUACUUGACAUUCAAUGAAAAGGCCUGGGAUACUUCAAUGGAGGCGAGUUUAGAAGAACAUGCAGAGUUGACGGCGUACGCGAGUGAAGCUUUUCAAUUACUUAAUGCCACUGUUAGCGCGCAAACUUCAAAUAACGACGUGUUGAUUACGCUUCAAGAAAGAGCUGUGGAGUUGAAGAAUGCACUUGAAUCCACUCUUGAGACAUUGAAUGCGAUGGAUUCUGGAGAAGACGGGACUGGCUCUGAAACCGCAUGCGAAAAUAUUAAUUCUUGUGCAUGUCCAAAGCGCGAUAAAGGCGAACUUCUCGUUUUUUUCAACGCAACGAACGUAUUCACCUACAUACCAGACGAUUUUCCUGCAUCGCCUCCACCACCCCCUCCUCCUUCUCCACCGCCCUAUCCACCUGACGUGCCGACGGGAUGUGCGCCGGAAUAUGUUAUGGCCUACGGCGGCUGUGCAAGCGCCAAAGACCAGAAAGUGAAAGCUAGACGACUCUUGAGAGAUUUGAAAUACUCCAAAACAGACUCCGUUAAUGGUGUUGUAGAUGGUGACAUUAUGACGACGGGUAAUUCUGGCAAGUUCUAUUUCGGCUACGAUGUUGAGUAUAAGGUCAAGAAUGAAGUUGAGAAGAAAGUUACGUACGUUCCAGAGAGAAAAGUUCUUGGGAAAAAUACUUUGAUUGGGGGUGUUUUGAUUACGCAGCAUCGCACCAAACUAAUGUAUGGGUCUCAGUGCUCAAAUCGAUUCCCGACUUUGACUGCCACUUGCCGAGACUUCAAUCAACCGAGCGUGGAUCCAUUCGGAGUUGAUCCCGUCUUCUCUAGGUCUUCCAGCCUUUUCGGUGGUGUGGACUUGGAGAACAAUAUUGGAAAAUAUUACAACAUUUCGGAGCUUCCACUUUCAGGUGUCCCGAAUGGUUUCAGCGUUCGCUCUUCUGAUUUGGAACAGGGCCGGAAUGGCUUCUCUGUAUUCAUCGAUAUAAUGUCGAGUAAUAAGCAAGCGAAUCGGAUAGUUUCGUACAUGCGGGAAGGGAACUUCAUCGAUACUUCGACCAAGUCUAUAGUUGUGAAAUUUGCAACAUUCAAUCCAUUGUUAGUAAGAUUCACAAAUACGGAAGUUCAGUUCGAAUAUUCGAAAGGCGGCAGCGUGGAAGUGAAACCCAAGUCGCGCGUCCUUAUCAUGGGGGCGUACGAAGGCAUAGCGGGCUCCCUUCUACUUGCCGUGGAAAUUGUCGUGUUGUGUUGGAUUAUUUACACUGCGCGCGCUGCAUUGGCAGAUUCUCUGAUACUAAGGCGCUCGGAAGAUGUCGCAGUCAUGCGAACUAUGCAACCCAAAAAAGUUGUUUCUACGACCUCGAUAAUCAUCGAAGUAAUAAUUCUCUUGCUUCAAUUGAGUGCGUUCGUCGUAUGGUGGAUUCAUCAAGGUGUGUAUGCGUACAGAUUCUCACCUUCGCUACGUUACGAUGUGUAUAACUCUGUAGGCGAGCCCAACUCUAAUUUCUUGUUGCCUUUUAAAGAUCAAACCGGAAACGAAAUUUCGAAUGGGGGAGUAGUAAAUGGGACAUAUCGAGUUCCUGAAACUCCUAGAUAUGGCUGGGAGUUACCAGAGGACGACAGUGGAUACGUAUCUUUACUCGAAAUGUAUCAGGACCUUGAUAUUAUGACAACGCUGAGCGUUACGUACAACACAAUCACUGGCAUUGUUCUAAUAUUGCUCUUUAUUCGAUUUCUUUUACUAUUGAAAUUUCAGCCUCGCUUAGCCAUCAUCACGAAAGUGUUAGAGCGAGCGAGCGUAGAUGUGGCUCACUUUCUGAUGAUUUAUUUUGUGCUUCUUGCAAUGGCGGCGACCUUGGGAAAUGCCAUGUUUGGAGCAUCGAUUGAGUGUGUAUCUUCUGUGCCUCGGGCUUUUGAACUGUUGUUUCUUUUGCUCAUUGGAGCGACGUCUUUUACGGAGUUUGAUCCAGAGGGACAAGCUGGAAAUGCAAUGGAUACAUUCUUCUUGGUUUUCUACUGCGGCUUGAUUCCGAUAAUUUUCCAAUGGAUAUUAUUUGAGUUCUUCUUAGCAAUUAUGGGUGAUGCUUUUGGAGAGGAGAAAGAAAUUUUACAUGACAUCGAAGCCACCGGAGAUACGCUGGGAAACGAUUUCACGAAGCUCACAGAAUAUAAAGUAAUGACGCUUAAAAAAAAAUGGCCAAAAUUUGAAGACGUGAUUGAUUUAUUGAAUGAAGCGUUGGAGAUUCAACGUAGUGAAGGGGUUACUAUGAAAGAGGAGGACCCCUGUGAUGUCUCAGUCGGUUUGGACGAGAAUUUAGAAGAGGGUGAUUUUGAAACAAAUCUUGCAAUUGUCACUCACGUGGUCGAGAAACAAUUUACACCUGAGGAGCAACUGCUUUCAACCAGUUCUGAUAUGCGAAGGUAUGAACCGACACUUAUAGCCACGUCUCUUAUAAAGAAUAAACCUAAAGUGGAAGACAUUCACAGAGAUUUGAAUCGAAACAAAGAAAUAAUCCAACGCAUGAAGUUAAACAUAUUUCGUCAAUUUCAAAAAUUGGUACAUGAAUCGCGUGAUGAAAUGAAAUUAUAUGCUCACCAUCAAGAAAUAUUGGCAAAACGUUCCGAAACCAAUGGUACUCGAUGGAAGGGAAUCAAAGAACUCGCCGAGGAUAUUGAAAUUGCGUUACAAGAUGUAACGAAGGAAACUUUCGAUAAACAUAACAUUAAGUCCAAGGUGAGAGAACUUCAAGCCAUGCGAAGAGAAGCAGAAAAUGCAUACGAGAAAAAAUGGAAGGAGGCCAUUGAAAAGGUGAAAAGGUACAGAAGUGCUCCUCAAAAAUCGGUAUAUGUUGCAACUCGAGCGCUUCUGCGUUCCAAAUCGAAAGGCUUGAAAAUCCAGCAAGCGCUCAAAUUCCAAAAGUUGUUUUCUCAACAUGGGUCGAAGUCAUCAAAUCGCCGUCACAGGGAGAAACAAAUCGAAGAGAGCAAAGAUAUUGAGGCUGAAAUGAGUGCCUUGCGCGCUCUUUUAAAUAAGAACCAGAGAUGA